GGCCGGGCGCAGCCAAUUCGGGGGACUCGUCCAUUUUUCGGCGUGAGUCAGGCACGUCGGUGGGGUGAUGCUGCGGCGCCGGGCAAGGGCCGGGCCAGCCGCGGGGAGCGGCCCGCCCGCUCGGGCCCGGAGCCUCGGCCGUGCCCGCGCUGCCGCUGAGCGCAGCGGCGCUUCCUCCUUCCCGUCCCUCGCCGGGGCCGGCGCCAUGGCCGGGGGCGCCAGGCCUGCCGCUCCCUGACACCCGCCCGCGGCGCGGGGCCGCGCACGGACAGCGGGGCGGGCUGAGGGGCUGGACACGGCGCUGGCCGCGGGAAGGGCAGCUCCGAAGGGAGGAAAGGGCGAGCGCUGGGCGGCAGAGCCGGGCGGGGAGAGGAGGGGUCCCGGGGUCUGUAGCUGGCAGCUGCGGCCUCUGCCUCCCCUCAGGAGAGCGGGACCGCUCCGGGCAGCGGAAGGCCAGGGAAGGACUGCCCGCGCCCCGGGCGGGGCUGCCCGCUCCUCACGGAGCCCGGCCAGGAAGGGCUGCAGGGAGCGGCUCGGCGUCUCGUGCUUCGUCAGCCCGGCAGUGUUUUGGCUUUGGUUCCGUCGUGCUCCUACCUGUUCCUGGAGAAGAGGUCCCCGCCAUGUCUCGCUACAGCCUCCACAACCUCCUGGACUGGAUGUACGGCGGGGUGGACCCCAGCUUUGCCGGCAAUGGAGGGCCGGAAUGCGCCGCCUUUCUCUCCGGGCAGCAGCGCUUGCUGGAGAGUUUGGUCUUCCUCAGCGUGGGCACCGUGGAGAUCCUGGUGUCCCUGUGGAAGCUCAGGCAGCAGCAUGCCCAGGAGCUGGAGAAUCUGCUGCAGCAGCCCCAGGCCAAGCAGGAGAGCCUGGGCAAGAACGUGCUGCUGGUGCUGCUCUGCCUCAUCUUUGGGCUGGAGGUGGGGUUCAAGUUUGCCACCAGGACUGUCAUUUACCUCCUGAAUCCCUGCCACGUGGUCACCAUGAUGCAGAUUUUUCUUCUUGCCUGUCCCCCAUGUCGGACUGCAAUGAUUCUCUUCAGGUUGCAGAUGCAUAUGCUGAAUGGGGCCCUCUUAGCAUUGCUGUUUCCUGUUGUUAAUACACGCCUGCUUCCAUUUGAAACAGAGAUUUAUUACAUCCAGCAUGUGAUGCUCUAUGUUGUGCCCAUCUAUCUGCUGCACAAAGGAGGUAUCUACACCCCUGAACCGCUCUGCAAUUUCUGGUGGGCUCUUUUAUCCACGGGGUUUAUGUUUGUGUAUCAUUUUAGCAUCUUGCAGAUCCUGGGACUGGUUACAGAAGUGAAUUUGAACAACAUGUUGUGCCCAGCCAUCUCAGAUCCUUUUUAUGGGCCCUGGUACCGAAUCUGGGCAUCUGGACAUCAGACUGUCAUGACCAUGACUCAUGGGAAGCUCAUAAUCCUGCUGUUUCACAGUGCUGUCCCCACCUUCAAAUGGAGCAUGGACUUGCUUAGACUCCCAGCUAAGAAAAUAGACUGAAAUUUCUCCCCACAGAGUAGUUCACACAGGAAGCAGAGAUAUACUGGAAAACAAAGAGGGGGGAUGAGAGGACAAUGGCUUUGUACUUCUUCCCACAGUUUUUUGCCUCAAAAACACCUCUGUAAUGGAGUGAGGUUUUUUUUUACCUACUGUUUCUCACUGCCUAUUGCCAAUGGCAAAAUUAGUGGCCUUAUUCUGGGGAAGGUUCAUGUUUUAUACAUUUUGUAUAUGUUACAGUAGAAUCUUGCUAAGCCACCAUUUAAAAUUAGGCCAGGACCUGUCCACAUUCCAGCAGAGAGUGCCAGUGCUACCUCGUUUUGACUCAUUUUUCAUUAAAGAAUUGUACACUUCUAGGACAGGAAAUAAUGCUGAAUUGUAGCACUCCACUGAUGUGAACCAACAUGCUGAACUGCAUCACCUGGCUUAACUCUUAAAGCUUGAAUGUUCCAAAAUGGUCACAGGAAAUCAUGCACACCUAAUCUUCCAAUCAGAAAUGCAAAACAGUGAGGUUCUACUGUAUUUUCUUAAAGCUGGUUGAGAAUAUUGGGGAACAAUAACUCAUUAAAAAAAUUAAUCAACUACUUAAUUUCUAAGCUGCAGUGGAUAAGUACCUAUCUAGUGAAGUCCCAUCAUGAUGCUUUGGAGAUGCUUUUAUUUUGGUGAGGGGAAAAAAAGAAUAUUGAAAUAAUUUUAAAAGAUCAUGUUAGGUAUAGGCCAUGAUAAGAUAUUGCAUCCACUGUUCUGCUCUGACUUUGAACAAAAUGGUUUUUUUCACUUACCUUAGACUGGAGAAGGAGUGGAGAUACAAAGUCCAAUAUAAACAUCAGGGUUUGUUGUUUUUUUUAUACUUAGUAGCUUUUGAAACAUUCCUGCUUCAUCUAUGCUGAUCCCUACUGACCAGACUGGUUGGUGAAGAAACUGAAUGAAACUCUGUUCUCUCCCUACAGCUCUGCUAUAUCAUGUGUAUUGAUUUUAAAAUAAUGUAUAAAAAGGAAUGUCAAAUCAGUGCAGGCCUCUGCUGCAAAGGGCAUGUUCCAGUUUAGUAGCAUGAGCCAUCAACUUGUCUUUUGGAGAACAGGAUGGAGAUGGGCAGAAUGAUCAACUGCGUGUACCUGCUCCAAUUUUGCAGGAG